GCGACUACGACACUUGCCCCAUCACUUGUUUCCGAGGCCGCAGCGACCGCCUCAACAUGAACAAGCUUUUGAUAACAGCACUGGCACUCGGGGUGGUUUCGGCUGAUAUCGGCCUGACCUACAACCAGGGCUACAACUACAAAGUACCUCAUACUAGUUAUGGAACACCGUCGUACCAAUACAGCGGCAGUGGUGGUGAUUACAAUACGGGAUACGCAGGUGCAGGCGGAUACAACUACAGGGGUCAGGGCUCUGCUCAAACUGGAUACCAAGGUUCCAGUAUUGGUUCACAAAACACAGGCUACCAGUCUCUAGGAGGAGGUAACACUGGCACCCUUAGUAGUAUCGGCUACCAGACCGGAAUCGGCAGUGGAGUCGGUUACCAGACAGGCGUCGGCAGUGGUGCAGGCUCUCAGAACUACCAGACUGGUGGCUUGAGCUCUGGUAUCAGCUCCGGAAUCAGCUCUGGUCUCGGCUCAGGUCUCAAUACUAUCGCGCAACCAAGCUACCAGUAUAGUAGCGGGGCGGCUUCCCAAGGGGGCUAUCAAUAUCAAACAUCAAGUCAAUAUCAAUCUUCGGCAGUGGAAAAGUACCAACAAUUUUAUAACCAGGUGCAACAACAACCAGCUCAAGUAUUUAAACAUUUCUACGUGCACGCGGCCCCUGAAGAGCCUGAGGUACCGAAGCCCCGCAACCCUGUCGUGUUCCCUGCGCCACAGAAGCAUUACAAAAUUAUUUUCAUUAAAGCGCCAAGUCAAACCGUCUAUACUCCUCAGUACAUUCCAGUGCCUCAACAAAAUGAAGAGAAGACUAUUGUCUACGUUCUAGUUAAAAAACCUGAAGAUCAACAACCGAUCGCUAUUCCCAAAAUAGAACAGAAGGCGCCCACUAAACCCGAAGUCUUCUUCAUUAAAUACAAAAACAAGGAAGACUCUCAAUCUGUAAUUAACAAUAUUGUCAAUGAUUAUAAUAGCAAAGGUGAUUCGGCAAGUUUCGUGGGUGGUGUUGGUACUGGGCAAUUCGGCAGUGGAUCUGCUUCCAGUCAAUUUGGCUCUGGAUUAGGACAGUACGCACAGCUUGACUCUGGGAACUACGCGCAGGGUGGCUCUGGACAGUAUGUACACAAUGAUGCCGGAAACUACGCACAAGGCUCGUAUGAAGGCCAGUACUCACAAUCAGCCGGUGAAGCUUCUGGAUCGGGAUCAUCUUCCUUCGGAUCCGGCAGUCAAACUUCCACACUUGGUUUGGGAUCUUCGUCAUUCGGAGGAUCUACCGGGCAGACCGUGAGCUUGGCCUCGGCCGAUGCCAGCUCCUCGACGGGCGCGUUCGACAACUCUGCCUCCACCGGGUACACCGGUGGUGCCGUCGGCAGCACAGCUUCCGGCCUCAACUAUGACAGUCUCAACGCAAUCUCCACUAGUCAAGGUGUUCCCCACGAAACGUAUGGACCUCCUGCAUUCAGGCCAUAAGUGAUAAUGAUGAAGCAUUAUUUUAUAUUUCUGCAUUUCGUGAUGGAUAAAUAAAUCCAAAGUUUAAAUACAAAAAAAUAAGAAAUAAGUUUACGCUUUACUAAUGCCUCCUAAUUUUACACCAUCCUUAAAACAAAGUUAUUCUCUAACAUGAGUAAAUAGAUGUGUAGGUAUAUCUGCGCCUCAUCAAUGCCAAUUAAUAUAGGCAAGUACAUAGGAAGGAAGUUUCUCCUCUGUACCUAUGUAUGUUUUUACAUUUUAUGAUCUGCAAAAAAUAGCUAUAAAUAAUAAGCCUAAUAUUAUGGAGAAAUGUUUUUACGUGACUUAUUGUAGAUUUGUCGUAAAUGGCAUUUACUACUUGGCCGGACAAAUGGGGAGCGCUGAUUAAUAUUAUAGACACACUAUAUGAAUAUUAUUUAGGUAAGUAUCUAUAAUAUUCCUGAACUUAAAAAUAUUUCCUCGAUCACUAUUUACGUAUAAUAAGCCACCUUUGUACCGCAUUAAUUUUAUCACGAUUCAUUCCUUAAGCAGAUAAUUGAAUGUAAUGACGAUAGCGAUACGCACAAACAGCUCCAGCUGAUAUUAUUUAGUGUCGGAACUCUCCCAUUGCAAUUUGAAGUUGGCAUAUUAUUGGUAUUUUAAUAGCAGGCCCAUCCGCAUAACUGAAUGACGUUAUCUUUGAUUUAUCGCGUUACAUGCUUUCAGUUUGCGGACCAGAAUAACGCGUGCUCCGAGUGGUUAAUUCAGUUGGUAAUGUGGGGCCGAUAGUAUUUCAUUUAUGAUGUGCAUUGUUUAUGAAUGGAAUGCCUCUAUUUCGGGGUAGUGGCGCGUGAUAGCUUUAUCUCGAGCGUUACGAGCCCGCUGAUUGAGUGAAUAUUCACAAAUGCACUUUCUUGGAGCUCGCAAGGAAUGCCGCAGCAGUGGGGCCCGCGCGGCCCGCCGACCCGCCGCCGGCGCCGGCGCCGCCUUAAUUCCAGCGCUCGUCUAACAAACGCACCACCAUCAACAUUAACCCGGCGCCAUUCCCAUCGCAUGCCGGGCCUGAUUUCACAACACUAAACUACUAUGAACAAAUGUACUUGUUUACGAAUAUCAACUUACUUAUAUUUUAAAAGGGACUGCAUAGAACCAGUAUUCGUAAAUGUUGGGAAAAUAUUUUACCUGAAUAGAUCUUUGUUAAUACUUUUGUCGACUAGGAAACCAUGUCUGUCAAAGUACGUAAAUUAUAAUCAAGGAGUUACCUAUAUGGUUUUAAUAAAGUAAUCGUCAAUACCUUACUUACGCACUUAUAAUUACUCACUGGAUGGAUAUAAUGGACAUACCUACUAUCCUACACAAAGUAUAAUUUAAAAAGAAAUAAGUAGGUACCUACUCUUACCUACUCCCACUCUUAUAGCCGUGUUUUUGGAUAGAAAGUAAAGAAAAACAGAACCUUUGCUACUUAUAAUCGAGUUAUGAUCUCGAUGAUGUCGUGAAAGAUUUUUUACCUAUUCUGUGCUAAAGGGGUGCUUGUGUCCUAUCCAACAUGAUAGAAUAGUACAUAUGAGUACGUAUAUACAGGGUGAUAGUAGCAUCGUAAAGAAAACUUUGAGGAAUGAUUCAGACCAUGAUUCCGAGUUGAUAUCAAAUGGAAUUUUCUGUCGCAAGAGUAUGGAACGGAAAAUAAUUAAAAAAAAAACAUGAAUUUUGCGACGGACAAUUCCACUUGAUCAUGGUCUGAAUCAUCCCCCUGAGUAUUCG